UCUACCCCCCGUAACUUAAAAAAGGCACCCCUAAUCAGCGCGUCGCCCUCACCUUCAUUAACUUUCCGUCGGAAUCUACCGGAUGUUAAGGCGUGUUGAUCUCACGAGCAUUGCUGUCAAAGUGGUAUUGGAGCAAAGUCACAGAAUUGGCAAAAUGAUGAUACGCUUUCGUAGGUGCUGUAAGGGAAGUCCCGAUACGUAUCGGCUCAAAUCGAAUACGUAUCAGAUUCAGGGGGGGUUUCCUUUCCUUUUUUGUCUUUAUAUAAAGCUUUAACUCAGUCAGCAGCAUGCAGAGAAACUUUCUUUUUUCUUUUUCUUAUUUUUAAACUUCUUUUUCAUAAAUAGAUUUUAAAUUUCAUGGAAAAACUCGAGGAAUUAGUUCAGUAAAGAUCCAUUUGUCUCUCAUUAUCUUUCUAUUUUUUUCGUCUUCCACUUACUCACAGAGUAAUAUACCCAGAGACGAGAGUGUUGGGGAAAUUGAUGAAAGAGUGAAAAAUGAGAUUGGGAUUUGCUGUGUUUUUUAUGGUAUUAUAAUGAAAGGAGAAUUCAUUUCCUUCUUCUUUGAAAGCUAUGGCUCUGCAAGAAGAGGAGACUCGACAGAUUCAAAGCCCACCUUUGAUUCUUGAUGGGCUGUAUUGUGAAGAAGAAGAUUUAGGAGAGUAUAGUUUCGAAGAAAAUGGAAGUGAAAUUUGUGGUGAAACAGUGAAAAAUGAGACAUUUUUACCUUUAUUUUUUAUUGAACAUGACAUGUUCUGGGAAGGUGAUGAGUUACUCUCUUUAAUAUCUAAAGAGAAAGAAACCCAUCUUGGUUACAUUGAUGUUUACUCAGAUGAGUCUUUAGUUUUGGCUCGUAAAGAUGCUUUGGAGUGGAUUUUCCAGGUUAAGGCGCAUUAUGGAUUCAAUGCUUUGACCAUAGUUCUUGCUGUGAAUUACUUUGAUAGGUUCAUUUCAAGCUUAAAGUUUCAGAAGGACAAGCCAUGGAUGGGGCAAUUAGCUGCUGUGGCUUGUUUGUCUUUGGCUGCCAAGGUUGAGGAAACCCAAGUGCCACUUCUUUUAGACCUCCAAGUGGAGGAAUCAAAGUAUGUGUUUGAUUCAAAGACCAUACAGAGAAUGGAGCUUUUGGUGUUGUCAACUCUGCAAUGGAGGAUGAAUCCUGUAACUCCAAUUUCCUUCUUUUAUCACAUUACAAGGAGGCUUGGAUUGAGGACUCAUUUGCAUUGGGAGUUCCUUCAAAGGUGUGAGCGUUUGCUUCUCUUUCUCAUUGCUGAUUCGAGGUUCAUGCUUUAUAUUCCUUCUAUCUUAGCUGCUGCAACAGUGCUGCAUGUUAUCAAAGAGGUUGAACCGUGCCAUUAUUUUGAAUAUCGGAAGCAGCUUAUUGAAGUACUCAAGACAUGUGAGGAUAAAGUAAAUGCGUGCUACAAGCUCAUCUUAGAGUUAUUGGAGAGCCAUUGUAAAGGAAACCUAGGGCACAAACGCAAGCAUAGAUCAAUAUCAAGUAGCCCUUAUGGUGUCUUUGAUGCAUCUUCUAGCUGUGAUAGCUCAGAUGAUUCAUGGGGUGUGACAACUUCGGUCUCAUCAUCACCACAUCCACCGUUCAAAAGGAGUAGAGCGCAGGAACAGCAAAUGCGGCUACCUUCACUAAAUCGUAUGUUUGUGGAUGUGCUUAGCAGCCCUCAUUAAUCUUUCCUUGUACUAAUAACUAGUCUAUUGAACAUGUUAUUAUAAAAUUCCUCUAUUUGUUCUUAAUGUGCAAUUAAUAUGUGUUUCAUAACUACUUGUUGCCUUUAUCGCCAAAUUUGCUAACAUGGAUCAGAAGUGGAUUGAUAUUUGCCAAAUUCCUCUUUGAUUCGACUGUGGAGGUAAGUUGGGAGUUUGCCAAUGAGAAGAUGGAUGGCUUUUUCCUGAGAUUGGCAACUUGACAUGAGUGCCUCACUGUGCUAUGUUUCUGAUCCUUGUAUUGUAUGGUUGUGAACGAAUUUUUAUAUCCAGAAUAUCCUCUGUAUCUGCGUACAUCUAUAUUAUUUUUGGUCACUUAUUUUAGAAUUUAGGUGGAAUUAGAAUUAAGAUCAAGGUAGGCAACAGAAGUCAAAUUGUCUUGAACGAUCAAUUGUUGACUUUUGUGCUUCUUUGGGGGUAGAUGAAUGUUUGAACUUGUUUACUGUUUUAUAAAAACAAGAUAGAGGAGAGAGAAAAAUAAUCAAUUGGGAUUCUGGAUCCCCAUAGCUUUAAUAUUAAAAAUCAGAGAGUUCUUUCAACAAGGUCAAACAGAAAAGCAAAAGUCCCUAGAGAAUAACAACCAAAUUCCCACUAGCAGGCAGUUUUCCUACCUUCUCAGGAAUCACUUUCCUUUCUACCUAAAAUAAUACUUACUUUAUGGCAGAAAUUGUACUAGUUUUCAAAGUAAUAAGCAAUUUUCUUUUGUGCUGAACUUAUAAUAUGAUUGUACUCAUAUGCAUUGAUAUUUAUUGGUGUGACCAUGAUCUUGUAAGGAAUCUUUUAUGUGUGAAAGUUGGACCCUAAUUAACCUUAAAUAUGGCAUUAUGAUAAGUUA